AUGGGUCAGACAGCAUCCCAACCCGAGGGCGGCAAGACCCUCAAAGUCAUCGGCGCCGGUCUCUCCAGAACAGGAACAACAUCAUUCGGAGCAGCCUGUUGCUACCUCCUCGAUGGCCCUUGUUACCAUGGUGGUACCCAGAUGCUCAACUCCCCCGAGGCUCACAUCAAGCGUUGGAUCGAGAUCAUCAAACACACCCCCGUGAAGAAUGAAGCCGACCGAAAAGCCCUGAAUGAGGGCGUCAAGGAGAUGUUAGAUGGAUAUGUCGCCUGCACAGAUCUGCCUUCCAACGCCUUUGUCGAGGAGCUUAUGGAGAUCUACCCCGACGCCAAAGUCAUCUGCACUGUCCGUGAUCCCGAUAAAUGGUGGAACAGUUUGGCACCUAUCGUGGAGAAGGGCAACUUGACCGUCUUGUCCUGGAUCCUGGCUCCUCUUCCAACCCUGCGAUGGUUCCGAACAUACCACGACGCCCUUGACGAUGGCCGUGUCGGCGAGCUGUACUUCCGCCCCGGCGAGCCCAAGAGACCGACCAGAGCCAUGUGGGACCGACACAUCGAGCAUCUGAAGAAGGUCGUCCCCAAGGAGAAGCUGUUCUUCUAUGACGUCCGCGACGGCUGGGAGCCCCUGUGCGCGAUCCUGGGCGUCCCCGUACCCAAGGAUGUUCCCUUUCCCAAGCUGAACGAUGCUGCGGCCAUGGAAGGUUUCAUGAAGAAGAGCGCCCAGCGAGGCAUGAUGGUGUGGGCUGGCAUGUUCCUGUCUGCUGGCGCUGCUGCUCUCGCCGCGGCGAAGUACGCCCAACUGAUCUAA